GCUCCAAUCUGAGUCAAAUGACGCUGUGCUGGAUGAUCGCCAGGCUGCUGUCCGAAGUUUCCAGCCGCGUUGAGGUUGAUUGGUGCGCGGAUGCAGGGAGCUGUCCGAGGUGCUGAACCUCAAUCCGCUUAUACCAGCCGGAGCUUCGGUAGCAUAGACAACACAACCAUCUGCUUACAAGCAUUUUAUUUAACCACUGAGUAAUCCGGACUGGAUUUUUUUUUUCAACAUGGACAUGUUAAACAGUGUUUUAAGGAUGUGCGUACGGACUGCGCUACAAACGAACUCGCUGUUUCUGCUACUGGUUCUGGUAAUUUCAUUGAGCCAAACGCGUUGUCAGGAUGAAUCAGCACAAACUCAUAAAGGAGGAGAUUCAGAAUCAACGAAAGAGUUCAUCAAACAAGUCCCACCAACAGACAUCCAACAGCUCACAACAGACGCCAUACCCAACCUCUCCAACCUGAGAUUGCUCAAACUCCACGCGGCUCUGCUGACCAAGAGCUUCGAGGGUGAUCAGCGGUUUUUAAAAGAAACGGUACGUACUGUGCCAACUUUCUCUACUUCCCCAUCUAACACCGAACUUGUGGAUCCUGUGCCUCGUGAAGAUGCAACGUUCCUCUCUGACCUCUCCACCACGGCAACUAUGACCUCCGCCACAGCAACCAUGACCACAACGUCAGUCAGUGGCAUCACUGAGACUACACCCGUAUCCGAAACAGGAAUAUCGGAGAAGGUUACGACCAGCACAGGUCAGCAGGCAACUCUUACCACGAUAAAAGACAAACUUCAGCAUCAGGGAGCAUUCAACAUGGAAACAACUGUGUCACCACUGUCUCUUAAGUCAACUUCACCUGAGAAAACCACAGGAUAUACAUCUGAUACAUUACCAGCUCAGUGCAAUAUGAACUUCAUUGAAGCCGAGGGUUAUAUUAAGAUUCCCCUGGACGUCUCAUUUGAUUCCCGAAUAAAUUGCACCUGCCUGGUUACUGUAUAUCUGGGCUAUGGAGUUGAGAUUCAGGUUUUGAAUGUGAGUCUGGAGGAAGGGGUGGAGGUGUUUUUGGAGGAUCUGGGUAAAUCUGUGCCCUCUGUCCUGGCCAACAGCUCGGUGUUAUCCAGAGGCCUGGUGCUGCGGAGCUCCAGUAACCGAAUCUCUGUGCACUUCAGCAGUGAACAGGCAACAGGACCGAAUUUUUUGCUUUUGCGGUACAAAGCUUUUCCUCUAAGUUGUAUCUCUCCACGGGUCCCUGAUAAUGCCAACAUGUCAGUUACUGAUCUCCAGGUAGGAAGUGUGGCUUAUUUCUUCUGUCUGAAUGGCUAUCGGCUAAAAGGCUCCACCUCCAUUACCUGCCAAAAUGCUACCACGCCAUACUGGAGUGGCAAAGAGCCUACGUGCCAAGCUGCUUGCGGGGGAACGUUGAGAAAUGCCACUCAGGGUCGGAUCAUCUCUCCCGGGUUUCCUGGAAACUACAGUAACAAUCUGACGUGUCACUGGGUACUGAAGGCCCCCAAGGGCCAUCGGCUCCACGUUCACUUUGAGAAAGUGGCACUGGCUGAGGACGAUGACAGAUUGUUGAUAAAGGAUGGUAGGGACAUUGACUCUUCGCCCCUGUAUGACUCGUAUGCAUUGGAGUAUCUGCCCAACGAAGGAGUGACCAGCAGUGGCAGACAUCUGUUUGUGGAAUUCACCAGUGAUGAAUCGGGCACAUGCACCGGAGUAGCUAUAAGAUAUGAAGCGUUUGCAAAGGGCAGCUGUUACGAGCCGUUUGUGAAGUAUGGAAAUUUCUCCACGAGUGAUCCCGCGUUUGGUGUCGGUUCCGUAGUUGAGUUCUCCUGUGAACCGGGUUACACACUGGAGCGGGGCGCUGGUAUUUUAGAGUGCGUCAACCCGGACAAUCCCCAAUGGAAUGAGACAGAACCCGCGUGCCGAGCUGUCUGCAGUGGAGAAAUAACCGAUUCGGCCGGAGUGGUGCUGUCUCCAAACUGGCCUGAAGCAUAUGACAAAGGUCAAGACUGUAUUUGGGGUCUGCACGUGGAUGAAGACAAGAGAUUCAUGCUGGAUGUCCAGGUUCUUCAUUUAGGAAUGAAUGACAUGCUGACGUUUUAUGAUGGGGAGGACCUGACAGCCAACAUCUUGGGACAGUACAGUGGUUUCCUUCCUCGAUUUAGUCUCUACACCUCUACAGCCGAUGUGACCAUCCAGUUUCAAUCUGAUCCAGCUUCUAACAUCUAUGGCUACAAUAACGGCUUUGUGGUGCAUUUCUUUGAAGUGCCACGUAACGACACCUGUGCGGAGCUUCCCGAAAUCCCCAAUGGCUGGAAGAGCACAUCUCAUCCUGACAUGACCCACGGAACCGUGAUCACCUACCAGUGCUACCCAGGGUUUCGCCUGCAGGGUUCGGAGAUCCUGAUGUGCCAGUGGGAUCUAACGUGGAGUGGAGACGUACCCAUCUGUGAGAAAAUUAUGUCAUGUGAGGAUCCAGGGCUGGUGCAGAACAGCCACAGAACUGUGACCGGUUCUCGUUUCACUGUGGGGUCUUCAGUGGAAUACAUUUGUAAUAAAGGUUACUCGCUUUCUGGCCCUGGAGUGCUCACGUGCUACAGCCGAAAUACUGCAGACCCCAAGUGGAGUGAAAGACUGCCCAAAUGUGUUCCUGAACGAUACGAACCCUGCAGUAAUCCGGGCGCCCCGUCAACAGCUAUCCAGAGUUCAGAGAAAGCUUUUUUCCAGGCAGGAGAGUCUUUGAGUUUCUCCUGCCGUGCAGGCUAUGAGCUCCGGGGUGAAUCCAAUAUCCACUGCCUCCCUGGACAUCCAUCACAGUGGAGCAGUGCGCCUCCUAUGUGCAGAGCCUCAUCUGGAAUCGUAGAUGAACGCAAACUAAAUGUAGCCGCUGGAGCAGAAUUUGGUGUGAAUAUUGCCAUCGCAGUUCUGAUUCCUGUCGCUGUGGUGCUAAUACUUCUCCUGGGUGUUUUCCUUUGCGUCUCAAUAACUCAAAGCAAGACCUUUCGACUUCCUGGCUCUUCUUCUCCACCUUACGACAACAUGACUGAAGAAUCUGCAUUUGACAACCCUGUUUAUGAGACAGGAGUAAGUAUGGAUGACUUGAACUUGAGAAAUGUGGGCUCACACAACACCAUCGUCCUGUCCUGAUCUACCCUGCCUGCCAUUCUGUCAUUCACCACCAGCAGAGGGAGCCAUUCUGUCACACUGUCUGCCAUUACAUCAUCUGACUGAUAACACAAACUAUUAUAAAUAAAUGUAUGGAUUGAAUGCACUGGGGGAUUAAAGUGUAAUGUAAUGUAAUUCUUUGCUAUCAUGUAAAUUAUCAAUAUUUAUUUAUGUUUCUGUUUAUUAGUAUCUGAAAAUAAUUUCAGUAUUGUAAUGGCACCAAAAUUGUACUAAAUACCAAUUAUAUCAUAGCAAACUUAUAACUAUUUAUUUGUAUGUCUUGUGUUUUACGAUUCUUCAUAACUCUCUUGGACAACACAAUUUUAUUCAAACAUCAUUUUAAUUUUUAUCAUUUUUUAAUUCAAAUGACAAUAAAAUGUAAUGUAGAACUUGCAUUUGUUUGCACAUUAGAAAUGACAUUUUCCAUUAAUUACAUUACGAUACAAUGCUUUGUAUUUCCCCUAAACAAUUCUCAUCCAAGUACACCCAUACAGCUUUACACUGUUCUGACAGGCAAGUGAUCACACGUCUGUGGUCCUGUAAUAAUUUGUUUAUCUUUCAGGAUGCAAGGCAAUAUGAAGUGUCUAUGUAAAGUCCAUUUAUCACACCUCGCCAAAUAGAUAACAUCUCAACGUUUCUUCAUUCUGCUGGACCACUGUACAGUUUCUCCAGAAGACUUUAGCCAGCACAGAAAAGAUGAUGGAGAAUAUUUGUUUCUGCAGCACAUUGGAGGCUGAGCCCCAUCUCGUAGCCUUUUAUCUGGUAAAAAAAAAACAAGACUUACACUUACACAGCAGUGGAUUUUUGUUGGGAAAAGGUGAAAACGGUUUCUCCCCACAUGAAGCAAAACCCAUGGGACUCUGUCUGAACACUAGUGAUGAUGACAAACUCAUGUCUUUGUUGGAUUAUAACACACUGAUGUUACUGCAUGGGAGCUUCUUUGCAGAAAUCUUUGUAAAUAAAGACUUUAGACAACAA